UUGACAUACAGAAAAGAAAAACGUAAAAGUGUAUCUUUUUAAACUUGAAGUGAUUAAAAAAAAGAUAUUAUCUAUGGAUUGUUUUAAAAAAUAAAGUGUUUUUUUUUUCAUAUUUCAAAAUCGUGACUUUUGUAUCGCAAGAUGCAUCGCCGUAUCUUAAUCAUCCUUGCAGUCAUUGCUUACGGAAAAUCUCAGACAAAAGAUGGCGAUAGCUGCGUAGACCAGUUCACGAACACUGUGGGUAGAUGCACUUCAGCCGACACCUGCGAGUCUGCCAGGAGAGAUUUCCAACAAAACGGUAUAAGACCCACGUUUUGCACCUACAGCGCGUUUGGCACCACCCUAGUCUGCUGUAGGGAUGGCUCAAACAUCCUACAAACAGCGGACGCAAAGCCGAUGAGACCAGUAUGGGGUUCCGCGUCGAACAAACAGUCAGACAGUAGAAGAGUGAGUGAAAGAAAAUGUGAAGAGUACAGCCGAGGGGUGGUAGAGAAGGUGGACUUCAUUCCUCUCCUGCCAGACCCUGAGACUAUGUCAAUCUCGGCCGCCAAGUGUGACUACACCGGCGUAGAACUGAUCGUCGGCGGGGAAAACGCUAACCAGGGUGAAUUCCCACAUAUGGCAGCAAUAGGCUGGGCGAACUUCGAAGGUGGCUACGACUUCAACUGCGGCGGUAGUCUCAUCAGCUCGAAGUAUGUGCUGACUGCAGGCCACUGCACCCAGAACCCUCGCGCUCAGAACCCUGUGCCCUCCAUCGUGAGGCUAGGAGACCAGAAUAUAGACCCCAGUGUCAUCGAUGGCGCAAAUCCUAUUGAGGUGCCGAUCAAGAAGACCAUCUCACAUCCUGAUUAUAAGCCGCCGGGGAAAUACAAUGAUAUAGCCCUCUUUGAACUGGCAUCUGACGUCACUUUCUCAGCUACCAUCAGGCCGGCAUGUCUUUGGAGUAGAAAUGACAUGAGUGGGCUCAGGAAAGCCCUUGCAACCGGCUGGGGAGUCACUGAUACAGCGACCCGUCAGACGUCCAAGGAGCUGCAGAAAGUUUCUCUGUCGCUGCUGCAGAACUCCCAGUGCGACCAGCUGCUGCUGUCCAGCCGGAAUAGGCACUGGGCCGGGUUCCGGGACACGCAGAUGUGUGCCGGAGAACUGAGAGGCGGGAAGGAUACGUGCCAGGGUGACUCAGGUUCCCCUCUUCAAGUGACUUCUAGAGAUAACCAGUGCAUCUUCAACAUCAUCGGAAUCACAUCCUUUGGCCGAAAAUGCGCUGAGAGCGGUAUGCCUGCUAUUUACACUCGUGUAUCCAGCUAUGUCGACUGGAUCGAAAGUGUCGUGUGGCCCGGGGAAUAGUGGAUCGAAAGUGUACAAUUUGGAUUGAAAGUUGUCAACUUGGAUUGAAAGGGGACAACUCGUAUUGAAAGGGGCUAUUAUUGAUUCAAACUUUGUAAGAAAACAAAAUCUACGUAUAACACAUGCGUAGAUUUUGUUUUCUUGCAAAGUUAAAGUACAACUUAGUGUAUAAUUAUUUUUUUAGGUUUUUUUUCUUAAGUGCUUGCUUGCUUAGUUUAAUUUGAAAUUGUAUACUGUUUCCAUUAUUGUAAAGUUAUUUUGUUCUGUUAUUAAUGUACUACAGGUCAGUUGAUAUAUUGAAAUAAUAUAUGUAACUCCAUCCAACUCCCUUUGAGACUAAAGGUAAAUGCAUAAACCAAUGUUUCAUCAACAUUUUUAUCGACAGCAAAGAUGGCCUGCGUAAUCAGACUGGUGAUAAUGGGGCGGGCCCCGGCCCCGGCCCGGCCGGUUGAUGAGGACCCUUCUCCUCUCAUUAACUCGUCGGGCCGGGGCCCGCCUAACAUGUCAGCAUCCCAUGCAAUAAUUAAAAAAACACACCAUUCCUUUUCUUAUUCUUUCUUUAUACUCGAUAAGCCUUCUUUCGUUUCUACUUCUUAAAUCUUUCUUCGUUCUAUCCCCCGGCUCACGUUUCUACCUCUGGCUGUAUCAAAGGCGGCUUCAGGUAGGAUUUUAGGCUAACUUUAAAAAUAACCAAACAUUAUAAGAAAUUUCACUAAAACACCCCCAAUUAAGAACCUUUUUUUUUUUAAUGUCUAGAAAGACAAUUUAAAAAAAAACAGACUGGUGGUAAAAUUUCUGAUUUCAACAUAAAUUAUUUGCUUUAUCACUACCUACUCAUCAAUUUAGUAGUAUUAUAAUUCGUUCAAAGUUUGGAGAGUGCGAAAUGUCAAUAUCUAAUUUUAUAUGGAAACUUGAACAGCAGCGCCACAAAGUACGUAACGGGAACUAAAAAUCAGUACCCCUAACACGAACCAAUAUCGAAUUCGUAUCGUAUGCGAGUCCGAAAUGUCAUUGUCAAAUAUGUACUGAUUUUUAGUUCUCGUUACGUACUUUGUGCCGCUGUUGUUCAAGUUUCCAUAUAAAAUUUGACAUUGAAAUUUCGGUCUAUUCGAAUUCGAUAAUGGUUCGUGCUAGGGGUAUAGUACACAUUUGACAAUGACAUUUCGGACUCGCAAACGUUACGAAUUCGAUAUAAGUUCGUGCUAAAGGUACUGAUUGUUAUUUUUUUAUUUUGAAGCAUCUAACUGCCAGAUGUUAACAUCGAAAAAACAAUUACUAGAAAAAAAAUCCGCGCGGACCAGUCAGCAGACGGGACUCGAACCCGCACCCUCCUCAAUUCGAUCCCAUUUAUGCUGCCACAGCCCAAACGGCCGUGCCGAAUUUCCUCUAGUAUUCCUUAGGCUACAAGGCAACGCCAUCUCUUCGCAUUGUAGGUAACCCACAAGUGCAUCCGCCCGGAUAGCGGUCAAUGCGGGUUCUAGUCCAGUCUGCUACCUGGACCGCGUGGAGUUUUUUCUAGUAAAAUACAGCUAAAAAUGUCACUAAUAUAUCUUAAUAUAUAUAAAUCUCGUGUCACAAUGUUUGUCCUCAAUGGACUCCUAAACCACUGAACCGAUUAUAAUAAAAUUCGCACACCAUGUGCAGUUCGAUCCAACUUGAGAGAUAGGAUAGUUUAAAUCUCAAAUUAUAGUCGCAAUUUUAAUUUAUUGCAAAUUAUUACUUUUGGGCGGUACGAAGUUCGCCGAGUCAGCUAGUGUAGUUAUAUUUUUUUAAGUGUAUAAAAUUUGACCUAUUUAAAAUCUUGUUUUUUUGUUUAUCUCAGAGAAAGUUUAAUACAAUAGUAUAUAGUAAUGGUUGAUUCCGUAAGCCAGUGAAGUUGUUGUAUAUCUACUAAGUUUUCUUUUUUUUCCUACUUCGUCUCAAAUGAUACUGUGCAAGAAAUUUAAAAACAAUAGAAAAUAAUUAAAAUACACACAUAAGUACUGUUUUAUUAAAUAAAGUACCUUACACUUGUAUAAAGAUGUUGUGAAGUCCCAAUGAUACUGUGCAAGAAAUUUAUAAAUAACUAGUGGCCCGUCCUCGCUUCGCUUCGGUGUAGCUGUCUAGACUAGACUAAAAUGACUUCAUAUAAUUAUAAAAAAACUGAAAAUGGUAUAUUUGCCUUUUCCAAACUUCUAUUAUAGACAUCACGUCACUCAAUUGUUUUGCUUUCCUGGAACCUCUCCACUAACAUUUGAAAUUUAUGGUAUGGUAUUAAAGUUCAAAUUAACUAAGAAUUAUUACGAAUUGUUUGUAUGGGAGUAUAGAAAAAUGUUGUUAAUGUACUUUUUCAGGCGUUUUUUUUUUAUUUUUUCUCUGCGGAAGAACUAUCCUCGUUCUUCAAGGUAUAUUAAAAAAAAAAAUCGGUUCAGCCGUUUCUCGAGAUUUGCGCUUAGCUACACAUCAGAGAUUAAUUUUUAUAUUAAAGAUCGAAAAUAAUUAAAAAACACACGUACUGUACUUUAAACUUAUUGAAUAAAGUAACACUUGUAUACAGAUAUUAUGAAAAAUAAAACGACAGAAUCUUAAUCAAUACAAUUUAUUUUUAUUUUAUUAAAGUACACAGUAAACUAUACUUUAAUAAAAUAGUAGAUUUAUAAAUCUACAAGUCUUUUUAAACAACAAUACGAAAAUACAAAACCCAAUCACUAACACUCUCACGCAAGAUGCUAAUGACAAAUUUAAGCCCACAUAUUGUGAUAAGGGUGUAAGGUUUACAUAGAACAUUCAUGUUAAGACAUAGCUUUCACAAGGGAGGUAAGUUACAGCGGAUUAUCCGCUCGAAUUGGAACGCCAGUCUAGGGAAGUAACCUCCACCUUAGAGCUGGUUCCCACUUGUCGGGUGUCGGAUCAAGGGCGGAUCCAGGGGGGGGGGGGGGUCAUGGGGGUCAUGACGAAUUUAAGAAAACAAAGACAGAGAGCCAUGUAUUUACAUGGGUGCACAUAUUCCUGAGGGAAAGAUUUGAUUUUGGGUAUAUUUCAGAACUUAAUAACAGAAUUGAGGAGUGACGAAAUUAAGCGUUUCAAUUAUUUUAGGAUGUCAAUAUCAACAUUCAACGAUCUACUGACUCAAAUAUUAGUGAACAUAAACUACCAAAAUACAGGACUUACGAGACUGUAUUUGUACUGAAAAAGGGUUGCGUUACGGACGUAACAAGGGUUAGCGGGGGAGGAUAGUCAGCCCCGACACCCGACAAAUAUGGACAGCGCCAUUCUUAAUCAUAGGCGAGCGAGAUCCGACACGAUUUUUUUCCGGGCGUAGAGGGCUGGCAAAACACCCGACACUUCUUGUCGGAGCCGACACAAAAUCGGUUUCCGAUAAGUGUGAAUAGCUUCAUAUAUAAUGCACUGCCACUGGAACUGGAACCUCCGAUUAAUAUACGGAUCCGACACUCGACAAGUGGGAACAAGCUCUAAGACAAAACUAUCUUUUGGUGGUGUUGUAUUUCUGUCGGUGAGUAAGGUUGCAGGGCUCCACGGGGUAGGGGAUUGAGUCAAGGGCGGAUCCAGGGGGGGGGGUCAUGGGGGUCAUGACCCCCCCCCCCCUAGGCUGGGUACAGGUGGACCAAACCCAGGGGGAUUUUAUUUAAGUACUUUCAAUAUUUAAUAUACCACGGCUAUAUGACCCCCCCUGGCGCCAAAGCUGGCUAUAUGACCCCCCCUAGCGCCAAUGAUGCUAGGCUACGGUGCGAGUGAUUUCCUUGAUAUCGCAAUCAUCUAUAGGUUUUGUUCCAGUCUUGCCACCCUUUAACAGAAAAAUGUAAUCAGCUCUCCAAUAUCUUUUCCAUAGUGUUAUCUUCUCUGGCAACCUUCAGGGCACGCAGACGUUUAUGAGGAUCUGUCAACCAAUCAUAUCGGCCUGUUCGUGACGUCACCAGCUUGGAUAUCAUCCAUCUCAUAAGCUCCAUCUUGUCCACUAAUAUACGGAGUUUACUAAAAAUAUAAAUAUAAAAUAAGUAAAUUUUACUAGAAAUUUUUUCCACGCGGACCAGGCAGCAGACGGGGCUCGAACCCGCACCCUUCGCUAUCCGGGCCAAUGCACUGACCAUUAUGCUACCGCGGCCCUGAUGGCCGUGUCGAAUUUUCUCUUUCAUUUCUUAGGCUAAAAAUGUAAGACAAACGGUUUUAUUAAGAAAGAAAAUAUGAAGAAAUGUACUAAAACUAAAAAAUAAUCCUAGACAUUAAGUACCAGUCAUCACAUUGCUCUCCUCAUCAAUCUAGGUCAUUGAAGAGACAAAUGAAAUCGUGGGGUGUAGCGUUACCCAAAUAAAUAGGUAAAUAGAGUUGAAUAAGGGUAAUGGUGUGAAGGCCAGUAAAUGUUUUUCUUUCUUCAGACUCCCUCCCACCCCCUUGUAAAAAAAAACCUGCCAAGUGCGAGUCGGACUCGCGCACCGAGGGUUCCGUACAAACCUGAAUUUACAAAAAUAUUUUUUUAUUAUAUGAUGUAACUAAAAAUUUACGGUUUUCGCAAUUUUUACUUUAUUUGUACAAUAAGACGUUACUUCGUACCAAAUAUCAAGAUUCUAAGUUCACGGGAAGUACCCUGUAAUUUUUGUAAGGUUUUGAUUCCCUUGCGAGUUUCGAAAAUUUGCAGCAUUCAACCAUUUAGUAUCUUUUGAUUGCUUUGGCUUAGAAGUUUGAUUUUUUCACAGCUCCAAGGGACAGUAGACCUGAGUAUUAGAUAUGAAUUCAAGUUUAAUACCUCCAUGCGUUCCUGAGAAAAACGGUCUUGACAGAUGGACGGACGGGCAACAAUGUGAUCCUACAAGGGUUCCGUUUCUUCCUUUUGAGGUACGGAACCCUUAUAAGACAUGUUCGACCCCCUUCCCCACUAUAUCGUCUUACUUAAUAAAUGAAUGGUGCUUUUGCCUACCUACCUAUAAAAAAAAUGCAUUCAAAUAAAUUGUUGACUACUGGCAGAAAGGUAAUAUGCCCCACUCUUUUAUUUAUUUUUCCGAAAGAAACAGAACCAAUAUUUUGUACUUACUUGUACAAUGGUCCUGGUUCCACCUCAGCGAUGCCAUCGACACCGUCCCUCAUGUCUCUCAACUCCCCAAGUUCAUUAUCCCAUUGCUCUCUUACUCUAUCUAAUUCUCCUUCCUUUUCUCUCAAAAUAUAGUCAAGUUGACGGAGUUUUGAUUCCUGAAAGCUAUACUGGGAUAGGCAGUGGAUGAUUUUCCUGUGAAAAUAUCGGUUCAUGUAUAUUUAUAAUAUUUAAAUGAGCACAGUUUAAGCAAUUUUUGUGUUGACUGAAAGGUUGACAAAGAAACAUACAUAUGAUUUGGUGCAGUAAUAACUGCAUAUAAGUAAUUAAUAAUAAAAAAUAUAUAACAAACAUAUUCCCUAUUGGGUAUAUAUUUCAUUUUUAAGCAUGUAGCUGCUAGAUGUGUGAAUCUAUAGAAAAUUUUACUUGAAAAAAUUCCACACGGACCACCCUGGUAUGGUCCGCCUGAAUAAUUGGCCACCAUAGACUCAUCCUCAGCCUUAUAAUAUCCCCACUGCUGGGGCACAGGCCUCCCCUAUGGAUGGAAUAGGAAGUUUGGGCCAUGACCCACCACACGGGCCCAGUGCGGAUUGGUGGGUGCUAACGACUGCUGAUGCAGCCGGGACCUACGGCUUAACAUGCCUUCCGAAGCACGGAGGAGCUCAACAUAGUGAAUUUUUGGUCACCCAUCCAAUGACAGACCACUACGAAAGAUGCUUGACUUCAACGAUCGCAGCCGAACGCGCUAACCACUUGCGCCAUCGAGCUCCUCUUCCUCCAUAGUCUAUAGAAGCUUCUUGUGUGAUACCAGAAAUAUCACUUGCACUGUUGCCUACCCUGAACCUUACUCACCAACAGAAACACAACACCACCUAAAGUACUGUUUGGUGCAAACUAAUUUGACACCUAAAAUUUUUAAAAUGAGUUGAAGAAGCUCUUAAGUUUGGUGUAAAAAUAAACAGCCAAAAAACAAACAUCCUUACUCUUUUCUUUCCACAAAUUCUGGUUGUAGUUUACUACUGGGCGCCGUGAUGAGAGACUUGACAGAAUGUGACUGUGUCAAAAACUUCACGAUCUGCUGCUCUAAAACCUUUGCAGUCGCCGUCUCUUCGUAAAGUUGUAACGUUGUGCGUUCGUUGCGAACCUGCUCUGUUAUUUCCGGAUUUUCUGCAAUAUUAAGAAUAGUUCUCUUAAUAUUCGAUUUUGUAAGGAGGACGACAAGUUUAUGUUACAAAUUGUGGUUGUCGUGUCAGAAACAAUGGCUUUAGGAUAGUUACAGAAUGGUGCUGAAGAAAAGCUUUUAUUUGACCACUGGUAGAAAAGUACGAUUUGCAAAAUAAGUCCUUCAACUUACUUGCAUUAAGUUUUGCACGCAAUAACUUCAGUUUCGACCUAUACAACGAUAGAUCCCGUAGUUUCUUGUCGAUAACCUCAUCGAAAGAAUCACCAACUUUAACUGUAAACAACUCUGAGGAUAAAGUUUGCAGAUCAGCUGCGAAGCCGUUGCUGAUGUCUUUCAAUUGUUUAUAGGCUGACAUUGUUUAAUUUUAUAACACUUCAUCGAGAAAAAGCCCGAGAUGAAUUGGACGUAGUUACGCGAAAACGUUC